UGCGUGGGUGGGGCAUAAGUACCAAAAAGGCAAAAAUUGUGUUAUUAGUGCAAGAAUUGAAGGAAAAUAUUGUGAUAAAUCAUGACUCAUUAGUGGCAUUGAGUUUAAUGGGAUAAAGUCCUUGUCCUGUUGGCAGAAUUGUUAGGCUUGAACUUUCUCUAUUAAAUAAAAUCCCUCCGAAAUUGGAUAUCAAACCAUAUCAGCGAUCGCACAUAUUUCAUGUUCGAUUACCCAUCAAUUAAUUUUUUUUGAAGUAAUGGUUGGUCUACUACUCGCCUUGUUGGUUCUAAGCAAGUGAAAACCAACUGUCCCAGUUUACAAAAAUAAUAAUUAAUAUCUCUAAUUAACAUUAUUCAAAACUAUAAUUAAUUAGUUCAGUCGAACACGAUGAGCAUUGAAAUGUUGUAGUGCAAAUAUAAUUGGGUGAUCAUGGAAUAUGGCACAUUGAAGAAACGGCCUAAAGCUAAAGUGCAAAACAGACUGAAAAGUGGAACUUAUUAUACAUGGGCGGGUCAGAUUUCAGUGAAUUGGGGCGACUACAUAAAACACCCUGUAGUUUACGAGCUGUCCCACAAAUAUGGCCUGCCAAUGGAUAAUCUCAAUGACACUCAGUUACCGAACAAAUUGGAAGAACUCAAAGAUAUUAUUAGAAGGGAAAUUCGCAAAGAACUCAAAAUCAAAGAAGGUGCGGAAAAGUUAAGAGGAGUGUCAACGGAUCGGAAGUCUUUAAGCCACGUGGCCACAAUAGUAAAAAACUCAAAUUUCAAACUUACAGAGUUGAAAAAUGAACUCAGCGAGCUGGAAUCGCAAAUCAUUUUGUCGCAGGGCCAGACGUCGCCUUCUCCGAGCCUGUUGUCACCUUCGAACGGAGAUUCUCUUCACCGAUUGUCAAACAACGACAGAAUCAGCCCGAGUCACCUCAGCCGGAUCGAAAAUCUGGAAAAGCAACUCAACAUUGAGCUAAAAGUAAAACAAGGAGCUGAAAACAUGAUUCAGAGCAUAGGCACGUCCAGGGACAAAAAACUCUUGCUGGAGGCCCAGCAAAUGUUGCAAGACUCCAGGAAGAAAAUAGAAUAUUUAAAAAUGAAAAUAACCAAGAUGAAACACGACAUAGACUCAAAAUCCCGUACGACUGGUUCAAUAAACGAUCUGUCUACGAAUGGCACAGGGGAGUUUACAAACUUGGAUUUAGAGCCGGUACUGGAUGAAAGAAUCGAAGACUUGAAGCACAGACUACGAGUAGAAGCUGCCGUUGUAGAGGGAGCUAAAAAUGUGAUAAAACUACUACAAAAUGGUAGUAAGGAACGUGGAGAGAAUAGAAAAGCUUUGCAAGAGGCUCAAGAAAGUUUGCGUGCAAGUAGCAUGAAACUAGACCUUCUACGCAAAUCAUUGGAAAAACGAAAAUCUGAACUACCACCGGAUUCGCCAGUAGCUAUGCAGCUCAAAGAAGAACUAGCCAAUGCGCAGACUUCCAGUCCAGUGGCUGUGCACUACACCAGUUUGCAGCCCUUCAGGGUGCGUAAUGAUAACAAUAGGAACCAUAGCACUUCAAAUACUAUCAAUCGAUGUGCCUCAGUAACAGGUACAUUGGAAGUUAGAUUAAUGGGAUGUCAAGAUCUACUUGAAGAUGUUCCCGGUCGGCUCAGAAAGGAAUCGGACGGCAGCUCAAGUCCAAUGGAUCUUAGAUUUUUCAAAAAAGGCGUAACUGGCAGAAGUUCCUCAAAAAGUUACAGCGUCAAAGAGGACGUUAGUGACGACAUUAUGGCAGUGCUAAAGUUAGAUAAUAAUACUGUGGCUCAGACGAGUUGGAGACCUUGUUCGCAGCAGGCCUGGGACCAAAGGUUUUCCAUAGAAUUAGAGAAGUCAAGAGAAUUAGAAAUAGGAGUCUACUGGAGAGAUUGGAGAUCGUUAUGUGGAGUGAUAUUUUUGAAAUUGGAAGAAUUUAUUGAUAAUGAUAGAGAUGGAAUGGUCCUGCACCUUGAGCCUCAAGGUUUGAUUUUUGCAGAGAUCAAAUUCCUAAAUCCAAUGAUAUCUCGACGUCCAAAACUGCAAAGACAAGAAAGAAUAUUCAAACAAGUAACACCGAGAGCCAAACAAAUGAACAUAAACAUAGUGACAUGGGGCAGAUGGAUGAAACAAUCUAGUAGGUUACAGCCAAGGCAAAAAAAUGUCACUCUCAGCACCCAGGAAAUACCCGAAGCCGUUGCCAAUGAAACGAUAAUAGAAGACAAACCUGAAACUCCCGGUGAAACACCGGAUCCUCAAUCUUUCGGUUUGGGCGGUCAGAGACCCUUGGGAUUAGCCUUACCUGUGGCUCCACCCAAAGUACCUCCAACGUUUCAAUCGUCACAACCGAGUACACCGUCGCCGCAAGCUGCACCACGUGAUUGGUUGCUUAGUUCUUCAGCUGCUGAAGAAACACCUCCACCAAUUGCCAAAAAAAGAACUGAAGCUCCUACUGUGCCACCUCCACCUGUACCACCUCGGUUAGAUCCAGAGCCCUCAUUUGACCAACCGCCUGUAAUACGUAGACCAGUGGCGCGCGAGCUCGGCUACCGAGACAGCGCGUACGAGUCGCGCAGGCAAUCGCAAACCAGCACGUCAAUGGCAGCCGAUCAUUUCCGUUUGAUCAGCGUUCUCGGCCGAGGGCAUUUCGGCAAAGUUAUCUUGGCCCAAUACAAAAAAUCCGGAGACUAUUUCGCCAUCAAAGCUCUAAAGAAGGGCGACAUUAUCGCUAGGGACGAAGUGGAGUCGCUGUUAUCAGAAAAGAGGAUUUUCGAAGUUGCCAAUUGUAUCAGACAUCCGUUCCUUGUUAAUUUGUUUGCCUGUUUCCAAACUGAGACUCACGUUUGCUUUGUGAUGGAGUACGCUGCUGGCGGUGAUUUGAUGAUGCACAUACAUGCUGACGUUUUCAGUGAGCCAAGGGCUGUAUUUUAUGCUGCCUGUGUUGUACUAGGAUUGCAGUAUUUACAUGAAAAUAAAAUAAUUUACAGGGAUCUCAAGUUGGACAACUUGCUGCUGGACACAGAUGGUUACGUAAAAAUUGCCGAUUUCGGUUUGUGUAAAGAAGGCAUGGGUUUUGGUGACAGGACUGGUACUUUUUGCGGUACUCCUGAGUUUUUAGCUCCAGAAGUUCUCACUGAAACUUCGUAUACACGCGCAGUGGACUGGUGGGGGUUGGGAGUUCUUAUUUUCGAAAUGUUAGUAGGAGAGUCGCCGUUCCCUGGAGACGAUGAAGAGGAAGUUUUCGAUUCUAUUGUUAAUGAUGAAGUGCGCUACCCUAGGUUCCUGUCUUUGGAAUCAAUUGCAAUUAUGAGACGGUUAUUGCGCAAAUCUCCGGACAGAAGGCUGGGUUCAAGCGAGCGAGACGCUGAAGACGUGAAAAAACAAGCCUUCUUCAGACACAUACAAUGGGACGAAUUGUUGCACCGGAGAGUACCACCACCAUUUGUACCCACAGUGCAUUCAAUGGAAGACGUAAGCAAUUUCGACGAAGAAUUCACAUCGGAAAAGGCCCAACUGACACCGCCGAAAGAACCGAGACUUUUGACAGGCCAAGAUCAACAUCUGUUCAGAGAUUUCACCUAUAUGGCCGACUGGUGCUGACAGUAAUUGAAUUUGCCAUUAUUUUAAGUAUCUCGACUUGAUUCAAAGGAUAUUUUUAAGCUCCGCAUUAUAAGCUUAUGCUAUGCUAUAAGCCACUCUUUGUUGAAUUUUUCUUUUAAAAACGUUAAAUUUGUUAUCAAUUAUGGAUUUUAAUUAAUUAUUUUUUUAUACGCAGGAUGCAUUUUUGAUUCCUGUAUUGAUGCUCAUUGCUGUAAAUAUUCAAGAAAAUAAAAAUGUAUAGGCCUUUCCCUAUAUUUUUUUUUUUGGGGGAAUUAUGCAUUAGACUUAUUUGUGACAAUAUUUUGGAUUUAACAAAACAGAGGUUGACUUUACAAUCAUUGUUAUAGUCAACUGACUAAUUGCAUUGUUAAUUGAGACAUUUAUUGAUUGUUAAGAUAUAUUUUUGUCAUAUGAGUUAGUUUUAGGCUCCUUUUUACACAAAAAAACCUUGUUUUGCUGCGAAGAAAGGGACAUUUCUCGAAAGUGCCUAUUGGAAAAACGUAAACAUGCUCACUUUUUUUUUAUUGUAAAUAUUUAUUACUAACUUUUAGACUGUAGAAAAUCGGUGGAUAAGUGAAAAGUUAAUCCAAUCAAUAUCGAAAAUAUAAAUAUUUUUCGACUGCUUAAUUAUACCCAAUUUGUAAGUUUUAAUUAUACAUAUAAACAUUUUCAGAUGAUAUAGGAUUUUAUUUAUAUUUAAAAUAUCAAGCAUCACUAAAUAUUUAAGUAGGUACAUAAUAUUUA